UCGCCGACAUAACCUUUCAGAAAUAAGAAAGUUACAUUAAAUAACAUAAAAUUUGUGUUGAGCUAGUCAUAAAUACCUAGUCAGUAAUGAUAUUUCAAAUCGUUUUGAUAGUGAGCACUAUAAAGUGCUUAUUUAUUCCUCUUUACCACUCUACGGAUUUCGAAGUUCACAGGAACUGGUUGGCAAUAACACACAACCUCUCCGUCAGUAAGUGGUACUAUGACGCUACAUCAGAAUGGACUCUGGAUUAUCCUCCGUUCUUUGCUUGGCUGGAAUAUUCUCUAUCAUUUGUGGCAAAAUUGUUUGAUCCCCGGAUGUUGCACUUAGAUAAUUUAAAUUAUGCAUCAGAUAUGACUGUGAUAUUCCAAAGAUUAUCUGUAAUUGUUAUAGAUUUGGUUUAUAUUGCUAGUGCAAAAAGUUGUUCAAAUCUUAUUAGUGAUGGUAAGCUGCUUGUGUUCAUUCUGCUAGUGUCUAACCCCGGGCUGCUGAUGGUAGAUCACAUACACUUUCAAUAUAAUGGAUUUUUGUAUGGUUUUCUUCUCUAUUCCGUCUCAAAUAUGAUAAGAGGUAAUUAUGUGCGUGCAGCACUAUUGUUUGCGGUGCUGCUAAACUUAAAGCAUAUAUACCUAUAUGUGGCACCUGUGUAUGUUGUGCACUUGCUGAGAGCAUAUUGCUUCACUAUAUCAACAAACGAUGGUGUCCACACCCCAUGGUACUCGUUUUCCUUCAUGAACUUGCUAAAAUUGGCAAUUACAGUCAUAACUGUGUUUGCUCUAUCGUUUGGACCAUUUUUGGAACAUAUACCACAGAUAAUUUCAAGAUUGUUUCCAUUUAAAAGAGGCUUGUGCCAUGCAUACUGGGCUCCGAACUUUUGGGCACUAUACAAUUUUUCAGACAAGGUGCUGCAGCAUGCCUUGCCGCGGGCUGGCUUCCACGUGCCUAAAGUGGAGGCGUCCAUGACAGGCGGGCUGGUGCAAGAGUUCAACCACGUGGUGCUGCCCUCUAUAAAGCCCGUACACACUAUGGCGCUGACCACCAUUUUCAUGAUACCGGCUCUUGUUAAGCUUUGGCAUCUUGGAGCCGACAGAAAGUACAGGACUGUUAGCUUUGUGAGGUGUUUGGCAUUAUGUGCUACCACAUCGUUUAUGUUCAGCUGGCAUGUUCACGAAAAGGCUAUUCUUUUAAUUUUGAUACCGUUAAGCUUCUUAUCGGUGCUGGGAGACGUUGACGGCAGACUAUUCCUUCUCCUGUCCACCGUCGGACACUACUCUUUGUUUCCUUUACUUUACCCAAAAAACCUUCUAUCCAUAAAAAUAUUCAUAUUGUUAACCCAUUGCGCGAUUGCCUUUGGGAACAUACCCAAAUUAUAUGAGCCCUUAAAACCCAAGAAGAAACCUAGACGCGCUUUUCUACGGCUUCCUAUGUUGAGUAGUAUAGAAUCCUUGUACGUCUAUGGUCUGAUACUACUGUGUGUUUAUGAGAAUUUAAUUCAUACCCUAUGGGGUUUGGACAAAACUUUACCCUUUCUGCCUCUAAUGAUGACUUCCGUUUAUUGUGGUGUCGGGGUCGUGUAUUUCUGGAUCUCGUACUAUUAUUAUUUCCUUUAUUUUAACGUGAGUAGAGUACCCAUGUUUGGCACGGGCAACUUGACACAGUAUGCUAAGAAAGUAAACUAGGUUGUGUUUGAAGAAGAUGAAGAUCUUAAAGGUAAGUAUAUAAUUAUGUAAUGAGUCAGUCAUAAUGGAAAUAUGAAGACAGAGUGACUACUUUUAGUCAUGAUUGAAAGUCUGUGUAAAUAUAGAGAUUAUUUUAAGAUUUUAAGAAUGUUCUAUUAAAUGUUUUCCGUUAAAAUAAGUACAAGAAGAAAGAAUCGUCAGAAAGCCGAUUAUGUACAAGUACACUACCGUCAAAAAGUUUAAGACCAAACACGAUAUAUGCAAAUAAUCAACAUUUCAUGAAGUUCCUAUGAGAAUAUUACUUUUCAGUACCUACAACCGACAAAAUAAAGCGUAUAACA